UUGUUAUAAUAAUCAUUGAGGAAUUUCGGCAGUUGCUUUAUACUUUUAUAAACAAGACAGGAUAAUCCUCCUCUCUCCCUAACUAAAGCUGCAAUUUCAGGGAAGAAUAAGCGUGAGCUAUUUAGGUUGCUAUGCAGGGCAGAAUUGGUUGUAAGUCGACUGUUCUCAGACGAUAUUUACGAGCAUUUUCCGUUCACCGGAAUAUUGGAAACAGAAUGAAAUCGAGAGCAGGUGUGAGUUCAGAAAUUUCCUGUGGGGGUGAUCAUCCGUCACAGGAAAAGAUUUCACAUGGUGUAAGGAAAAGAAUGCGGAUAAGUCCUGAUAAAGAAUCUGGAGAUGGAAAAGAAUGCUAUUCACAUUUACCUACUUCUAAUCCUAGUCACAGUAUUAAAAGGAAACCUAGAAUUGACUUGGGUGCUCAGAUUGAGCUACACUCAGACCCGACAAUUCAGAAAAUCGAUUCAAGGAGAUUGAGUUCGUUGGACCCGGAGAGAGACUCUUUGCUACCUAGUAGUUUUGGGAAGAAGAAUGUAUAUGCGGGUCGUAGUAAGUCAAAGCUUGAAAAAAUAAGUUCUUCAUCAAAAGUUGAAGUCAAGAAGAAGUGUAAAGAAGUUUUGAAUAUGUACGAGCCAUUUGAUAUUUGUUUGUCUGAGAGUAGAGAAGAAGUCACUCUUGAAGCUCCUUUACAAAGGAAGGAGGGGGAGAAACAGCCCGAAGCGGAUCAGUCCAUUGAAAACAGUGGGAUGAUACUGAGACCAGGAAUGGUUCUACUUAAGAAUUACAUCACUCUAGAUGAACAGGGCUCUAUCAUAAAGACAUGUCGAGAACUAGGACUUGGGAAGGGUGGAUUUUAUCGACCUGGGUACAAAGAUGGAGCAAAGCUACGUUUGCAUAUGAUGUGUCUUGGUCGUGAUUGGGAUCCUCAAACUAGAAGUUAUGGCAAGACAAGACAACAUGACAAUGCUGAGGCGGUCCCCAUUCCUCCUGAAUUCUCUAAGUUGGUUUCCAAGGCCCUCAAUGAUUCUCACAAGUUGAUCGAAAGACAAUUGGAAAUGUGCAACCCAGAGGAAGUGAUUCCUUUGAUUACUCCAGAUGUAUGCAUCGUCAACUUCUAUAGUGUAGGGGGGAGACUUGGUCUCCAUCAGGAUCGUGAUGAAAGCCCAGAAAGUCUUGACAAGGGAUUGCCUGUCAUCUCCUUUUCUGUUGGCAACACUGCUGAGUUUUUGUACGGUGACGAGAGGGAUGUUCAGAAGGCUGAAAAAGUAUUACUGGAGUCUGGAGAUGUGCUGAUAUUUGGUGGGAAGUCAAGACAUAUUUUUCAUGGGGUAAAGUCAAUUAUCCCCGACACAGCUCCAGUCUUACCUGAAGGCAUAAAGGCACUUCGCCCUGGGCGCCUAAACCUGACCUUCAGACAAAACCAAUAAUGAAACUUAUAUUCAUCUAUUAUUUCUAUUUGCAUGUGUUUCUCAAUGAAAUUGUAUUUCCAGCAUAUACCAGAAAUGAAGCAAGGCCUGUAGCACUAUAGUGUUGGACAAUGUCCUGUCCCUGGCCCGGACCGAGACUGACCAGUUUUUAACCGCAAACUGAACUGACCAGGCCAGCACAGGUAAUUGGUUAUUUUAUAGUCUGAUUCUUCCAAAAUAAAGUAUGACCAGACAUACUGGUUCCUAUUUAUUUAAUUGUUAAUAAUUGAUUUAUUU